CUCACUCACAGCGGAGCGGCCAGAGUGCUCCCGGCUGCUCUCUGAACAGAACUUGUUGAUUCGCCACAGUAGGGGGUGAUCAGGGAGGACUGGAUACGGAGACAUUUGUGUAAAACAAUUAUAUUUUUCAACAUGUCGCCACGUAGCUCAUGAUGCCUCCACCAGGUCCCAGCAGAGCACCGGAGACCUGCGCGGACAAUACAAGUUUUUACGGGUUUACUCUUGAAAUGUUGCUGAUAUCCGUCCAUGUGGUGAUUCGGGAUGAAAAUGAGACACUCACAAGAAGAAUUGAGGAGGGACCCUGAUGCGGUCGUCUACACUCUACAGGACCAUGUCUUCUUAAACUGCCGGACUCUAUCCGACAGUCUUUUCAAGUGACCGAGGAACUUGAGUGAAGAUGAACAAAGAGGGGUCUCACUCACAGUCCUCGCUGCCGGAUGCCAUGGACAUCAUCCGCAGCAAGACCCUGGCCCGCCGGGUGAGACUCAACGUCGGGGGUCUCCUCCAUGAAGUCCUGUGGAGGACACUGGACAGGCUGCCCCGCACGAGACUGGGCAAACUGAGAGACUGCAACACCCACGACGGCAUGAUGGAGAUAUGUGACGACUACAGCACGGAGAACAACGAGUACUUUUUCGACAGACACCCCGGUGCCUUCACCUCCAUUCUGAACUUCUACCGCACCGGGAAGUUGCACAUGAUGGAGGAGAUGUGCGCCUUGUCCUUCAGCCAAGAACUGGACUUCUGGGGCAUCGACGAGAUCUACCUGGAGUCCUGCUGCCAGGCCAGGUACCACCAGAAAAAGGAGCAGAUGAACGAAGAGCUGAAAAGAGAAGCGGAGAGCAUGAGAGAAAGGGUCGGAGAGGAGUUUACGACCACAUGCUGUUCCGAAACGAGGCAGAAGCUGUGGGACCUCAUGGAGAAGCCCAGCUCAUCAUUCGCUGCUAAGGUCCUGGCAAUUAUCUCCAUCCUCUUCAUUGUGUUGUCUACCAUUGCCUUGUCUCUGAACACCCUUCCAGAGCUGCAGGGCACAGAUGAGUUUGGUCAAUCCACAGACAACCCCGCACUGGCCCAUGUGGAAGCUGUGUGUAUCGCCUGGUUUACCAUGGAGUACCUGCUCCGCUUCAUCUCCUCCCCAAGCAAGUGGAAGUUCUUUAAGGGUCCUCUAAAUAUCAUCGACCUGCUGGCCAUCUUGCCCUACUACGUCACCAUCUUCCUGACAGAAUCCAACAAGAGUGUGCUGCAAUUUCAGAACGUUCGUCGCGUGGUUCAGAUUUUCCGGAUCAUGCGGAUCUUGCGCAUUUUGAAGCUGGCUCGUCACUCUACAGGUCUCCAAUCUCUGGGAUUUACUCUCAAGAGGAGUUAUAAUGAGCUGGGCCUGCUUAUUCUCUUCUUAGCCAUGGGCAUCAUGAUAUUCUCCAGUCUAGUGUUCUUUGCAGAAAAGGAUGAAGAGGAUACCAAGUUCAAAAGCAUCCCAGCUUCCUUCUGGUGGGCUACCAUUACUAUGACAACAGUUGGCUAUGGAGAUAUUUACCCAAAAACCCUGCUGGGAAAGAUAGUUGGGGGUUUGUGCUGUAUCGCUGGAGUACUGGUGAUAGCCCUGCCUAUCCCCAUUAUCGUGAAUAACUUCUCUGAGUUCUACAAGGAGCAAAAGAGGCAGGAGAAAGCUGUUAAAAGAAGGGAGGCUCUGGAGAGGGCUAAGAAAAACGGUAGCAUUGUUUCUAUGAACAUGAAAGACGCACUUGGCCGCAGUGUAGAGCUCAUGGAUAUAAUGGUGGAAAAAAGUGAUGAAAAUAAGGAGAAGGGACAAGAUAAUCACAUUCCUCCAAGUUUGGAAACAGAGACACCUAAACUCAAGUCACAUAUGAGCCCGCGCAGCCCCACCAAGACCCUCGAAUCGAGUUACCAAGAGCAGGCCAAGCCGUCAAGCAGUCCUCAGCAUCUUAGCGCACAGAAACUGGAGGAAACAUACAACAAGAUGACUGGGGUCUCGCCACAACCCGACCUCAUAAAGAAAAAAGGCCCACUGCCUAAAAUAGUUAGGCAGAGAGCUGAAUUAGAGAUGGGAACCAUCCCCGCUGAAGCCAUCUUAAGCAAAAGAGAGACAGUUUCAGACAUGAGGAGCAUGUCCAGCAUUGACAGCUUCAUCACCUGCGCCACUGACUUCCCUGAAAGCUCUCGUUUUUCACACAGCCCCAUCAGAAGCAUGCUAGGUAGAGUCAGCACCAAUCCUAGCCUGGAGCCCACCUUGGAGAAUGAGCAUGAAGGAUCCCAGGGCACCACCACCCCCUUGACAGGGCGAGGCACUAAGCUGGGUCCGUACUCUGACAGGCCCAGAGAUCUGCGCUCAAACAACCCGCUCAAAAGCCACUCGCUCAAUGUUAACUUCAGAGCUGGGGAGGAUUCAGGGACAGGGGCCUUCUCAGACAGCUCGUCAGUCCAGAGCCCUGAGGUGUCCGUCUACACAACUGCCAGAAGCAGCACUCCCAGCAAGAGCCCGGAGAACUUACCGCCCAACAGCCUCUUCACAUUCCACGACGCAUCCGUCAAUACAUUCAUAGAUGCUGACACAGACGAGGAAGAGCACAUGCAUGAUGGUUCAGGCAACAACACAUCCCAAAGACUCCAUCCAGCCAGCCAUCACUCCAGCUUCCAGCAAGGUCCCAACCAUAUGGAGGGUCUGCAGAGGAGGCUGGGGAACAGGAAACUGCCGCUGGAAGGACAGGAGAACCAUGUGGCUCAGGAACUACAGCCACUUCAGGGAGAGAACAGCCACUCUAAAGCUUACAAUAAGUGAGAGACCAUGAAGGAGGAAGCCACUAUGGAAGUACAAGAAGCACAAUGAACUCAGAAAACUCCCAAAAAUAUGAAAGGCACUGAAAACAUUUGUAGGAACAUUUCUAUAAUUACAACAAUAUAAUUCUUCCCCCCUGAAAAUCGUUUUGGACAAUGGGAAGGAGUUUAGCUUUUUGCUCUUUAACUUGUUCCCACUAAGGACUCCUGAUGUACCUUAUUUAAGAGAGGACUAAUAGCUUUUAAAAUGUCAAAAAAAAUGUGUGUUUAGUUUAGAUCCUUAUAUAAUAAUUCCAGCCUAGUUGUAAGAAUAUGAUAUCAUUUUUAUAAGCAAAUCCUAUUUUUCUGACAUCCAUACCAUACCACUUUAAAGCCACAAUAGCAGAAGCUGUCCAAACAGUAGCAAACAACAAAGGGCAUUAAAUCAAAACGUGAAGGUCAUUCAGCUGAGAUCAUUCAAAUAACUACGUUGUUGUGUGAAAGGGGAACUUACAUUUGAAUGUAUUGCUUACAGUAUAUAAUUGGCAGGAAGAAGUAUGUUGGAAAUGUUUAUUUAGAUUCCUUUAACUUCAACCUUUGUGUUUGUGUGAAAAGAGAGAGACAGAAAGACUGGCGGAAAAUAAAUAUACUAUAUAGUAUAAUAA